AUGCGCAUACGGCCGCCGGUUGCAAGCCAUCUGAGAAACUUGAUCACUGAGUUCGAGGAGAUCCAACUUGAAGCUCCUAAUGGCCGCGUGUACCCUGUUAAAAUCGGUUGGGAGUUUGGUGACAUUGUUCUUAGGUCUGGAUGGCACGACUUUGUCAAGGUGCAUCACAUAGAACAAAACUCCUCCAUCCGGUUCGUGUACCGUGGGAACUCCAGCUUCGAGUUCGAGGUUCACAUAUCCGAUUCACCCGGUCACGGCAACUCUUCCCCACCACCUCCUCGUGAUCGUCAUGUGCUGAAUGAACAAGUGGUGCCUGAUCCUGCACACGUUCAGACAUCAAUCAACAUUGACUAUACCAGGCUAAGCCAUGAACAAGACAAGAAAGUGCUAGAACUAGCUCAGAGCAGCAUGAGGUCUGAAUCUCGUCUGCAUGUGGCAACUGUGAACAAAGCAAAUGCCAAACAGGACUGCCAUGUUCUUCUGUUCUUGCAGUACAUACCGUUGACUCUUUUGGACAUUUUCAAAGAGGGAAUAACUGAAGCUCCCAUUCAGCUCAAAGCCCAUAGCAAUGACAUGUUGUACGUUGUUGGCGCAAGCAAGCAUGGCGCCGAUCAAAUAAUCCUCCAAUCUGAGUUGAGUCGUUUUCUAGAUUGUCACCGCAUGCAAGACGAUGACCUCCUCGUCUUCAGAAGCAAGGGGAAAGCCCAGCUCGAAGUUCUUGUCCUUGACCCGAGUGGUUGUGAGAAACCUUGUUUUGAUAUGGGAAACUCUUCAAACGCCAGAGAAGGCCGUCGUGCACAAGCUCAGAACAUGGCUUCAACAUCCUUCCGUUGGGCUAAAUCAGGACUCCAAGCUCGCGAGUCUAAUGAAGCCGGUUUAGAAGCUCCUAGGUCCAACAAUUACAUAUCAACCGGGCCCCCUCUACAUAGCCAACAGGAAGCCAAAGUCGAAGAGAGAGUUCAGGCAAUUGGUUCCGAAUGUCCUGUGUUUGUGAAAGUGAUCACCUCCAGUGAUGUUGCUACCGCUCCUUCUCUGUACUUGGGCAAUGAAUAUGCUUCGGCAUGUCUCCUGACCCAGCCAGGACGUCUCCGCCUCCUGCUGGAGGGCGACGAGAGGGAUUGGGACUGCAAGUUGAGCUUGAGGAAAACUAACAGAACUUGGUGGAUUGACAGAGCCUGGCCGAAAUUCAUCUCGGAUGUCGGGCUGGAGGAAGAUGACAUCUGCCUCUUCGAACUGACGGACACGAGCAGAUUCACGAUGAAGGUCCAUGUGAUCCGCAAGUCGGAUAUACAGGCGCCAUGA